CUUGCAGAGAUCAUCGCUCUGCCCAGGCUGUUGCGUCGAUCUCGCCUCCAAUCCAAGACGGGCCAAACCAUGGCGGAGAAGACGCAAAAGAGUGUGAAGAUUGCUCCUGGAGCCGUUGUGUGUGUAGAAAGUGAAAUCAGGGGUGAUGUAACUAUAGGACCCAGGACAGUGAUCCACCCGAAAGCUCGAAUUAUUGCGGAAGCUGGGCCGAUAGUGAUUGGUGAAGGGAACCUAAUAGAAGAACAGGCGCUUAUCAUAAAUGCUCACCCUGAUAAUAUCACCCCUGAUACUGAAGAUCCAGAACCCAAACCCAUGAUCAUUGGCACCAAUAAUGUGUUUGAAGUUGGCUGUUAUUCCCAAGCCAUGAAAAUGGGAGAUAAUAAUGUUAUUGAAUCAAAAGCGUAUGUGGGCAGAAAUGUGAUCCUGACAAGUGGCUGCAUCAUUGGGGCAUGCUGCAACCUGAACACCUAUGAAGUCGUCCCUGAGAACACAGUCGUCUAUGGCACAGACUGUCUUCGUCGAGUACAGUCUGAGCGACCACAGCCCCAGACACUACAGCUGGAUUUCCUGAUGAAAAUUUUGCCAAACUACCACCACCUAAAAAAGACCAUGAAAGGAAGCUCAACUCCAGUUAAGAACUAAGAACAGUGUAUGACAUGAAGAUAACCUUUUGUGCUUGGCCACUGUCUUUCAAAACAGCCACAGUGUUGACGCACUCUUAACAGUUCACAGGAUAAUACAUGUUGGCUUUAUUUUGUAGAACUUGAGUUAAAGAGGAUUUUCAUUGUAUUUAUCCUCUGUAAUUUAUAUAAAAUGUAUUAUUUCCCUAUAUCCUUAUUCCUUUUCUGAUAAUUUACAGAUGUAGUUUAGUCUUCCUUUGUUAUAUAAAAUGUUGGCCACAAAUUUUAGUUAUGUAAAAGACUACCCAUGAUAAGAAAGGGCAUGUUGUUAUGUAUUUAUAUUCAAGAAUAUAGUAAUCCAAAUAAAAGUGCUGAUGGCAGGGCUUUUAGUGAACAUACAUUAAUCAGUUUUUAUACUUGAAUUCACUUUCCCAAAAUAGCUCUUCUAAUUUUUAUUGUGUACUAGCUGUAUAUUAAAGCUGAUUUAUUUACCAUA